AUGAGGUUUCUUGGCAUGGCAGGGUAUUAUCGCAGAUUCUGUAAGAACUUUUCGGAUGUUGUAGCCCCGCUGACAGACGUGCUAAAGAAAAAGGUAAAAUUUAAAUGGUCCGAAUCCUGCAAAGCUGCAUUCCGAAAGAUCAAGGCAGUGCUAGUUCCUCUCCGUUCCGUUUCUCCCCAAAUUUCGAUGAACCGUUUACAUUCACUCAGGCACUUUGAAGUGUAUGUCUGUCCUGCCUCGUAUUCCCUUAAAGUUUACACAGACCACAACCCCUUAUCCAGAAUGAGCUCUAAGAACCAGAGAAUCAUGAGGUGGAGCUUAGAGUUACAGAAAUAUAACCUUGAUAUCCACAAUAUAAAAGAUGUUGUCAUAGAGAAAAUGUCAAUGUUGUCAUCAUGUGAUGAUAGUUCCCCAUGUGUGGAAAGUAAUCUGCCAGGAACUACCGCGGAAUUGACUUUCGCAGUCUACAUCUGUACAGGACUCCAGAUCAAUUAA